UCAAAAAAUCUAUGCCCUUAAACGAUUCAACAAUAGUCGAUACAGUUUUACGUUCUGAUCCAGCUUCUGUUCAUUGGUUUAAUAAAUGCCUUUCAACUCGUUCAUUAAGAUUAACAACUACAGAUUUAGAUGAUUUCCUUUUACGUUAUAUUUUUCCUUUUCAAUUUACUGUUGGAAUAAUAGGGAAUACUUUAAUUCUUUAUGUUUUAUUAUCUCCUGAAAUGAGAAAUAGAGCAAAUGAUAUGCUGGCAGCAGUUUCUCUCUCAGAUUUAGCAUUUUUCUUUGCAAUGUUACCUCAUUCAUUAGCAUUAUUUUUAAGUAAUAAUAUACAUUUUCGUUAUCCAUAUUUGUUACAUAAACAAGGACUUUCAGCUAUAAAUAAUUGGCUUUCAGCAAUAUCCUCAAUAUUAAUAUUAGCGGUUACAAUGGAACGUUUUUUAGUUAUACGUGCUCCAUUAAGGUCAAGAAAAUAUUGGAAUAAAUCACAAAGACAAUGUUUUUUCUUAUUAAUUUUUUUAGGAACAUGUAAAUUAUAUUAA